AUGUACAAACCAACUCUUUUGUGUAUUGGCUCAGGGCCAGGUAUUGGCCGUUCAGUUACCUCCCUUUUUGCAACGAAGCACUAUAAAAAUGUUGCCCUGAUCGCCCGGCGCCCUGAACAACUGAGGAUCGAAAAAGCUGCCGUGCAAGAGGCAGCAGGCCAGAGUGUCAAUGUGCAAACAUAUGCUCUUGACGUCACUGAUACCGAUACAUUAUUGUCCGCUCUUAAUCGCAUCGAAGAAGAUCUGGGCAGAAUCGAGUGCGUUUUCUACAAUGCCGCUCGAGUGCAAAACUCUUCAUUUUUCGAAUAUGAUGUUGAAGAGAUCGAAUAUGACUUUAAGUACUCGAUGCCCCGUCUUGUUGAACUGGCAAAAACCCCAUCGCAAUACAAGCCAGCUUUGGUUGUUACUAGCUCUAUGUUACCAUUUGAGCCAAUGACUGAUCUAUUUGCCUUGUCACUCGUCAAGGCUGCGCAACUCAACCUGGGAGUUCACGUGGGUGUUAUUAAUGUUGCAGGGUUUGUUUCUGAAGAAGAGAAGGAACGAAAUCCCAAGAACAUUGCGGACAAAACGUGGGAAUGGUUCACAUCGGAUGUAGAAGAUAUACCCUUUGAGGUUCGAAUUUGA